AUGUCCUGCGAUGUGAACGACUUCGAGGGCAUUGAAGGAGUGGAAGGCGGCGAUCGCCGUUCCGUGGCGCGGAAGAGCCUGGAAGGAGAUGUUCGACAGAGCGUGGCGAUGCGGAAAUCGGACCGAGAAGAGGAAGGCGAUCUGCGCCGGGCCAGUGCCAUGACCCGCAGCGACGAUGGUGGGGAGGUCUAUUCCAUCCAUGAUGAAGGCGCCCGACGUUCCACCGUGCGCAUGUCGUCCGCCCUGGGCGAAGGCAGGGUCGACCGCAGGCGGCGAUGGAAUCCGCCGCAGCCUCGCGCACCGCGCGACCUUCCGAGAUGA